CUUCACGCAAUAGCCAUAGAGGUCCAUAUAAGUUUCGUUAGAUCUUCUUCAACCUUCGUCAAAUCUGAACCAAACAAUCGAGAGGGAGAGAAAGGGAAAUGGGUUUCUCUUCAAUCAGAUUUUCUCUUUCUCUAGGAACUGUACUCUUGCUGCUUUGGGUUUCUGAUGCUGUAUCUAGGGUUGAAGUGGGUCAACAAAGAGAGUUCGAUUACUUCCUCUUAGCUCUACAAUGGCCAGGAACUAUCUGCAGAAGAUCCCACCAUUGUUGCUCCUCCAACGCUUGUUGCAGAGGGCAGAAUGCUCCAACGGGAUUUACAAUUCAUGGAUUAUGGGCUGAUUACAACGAUGGGACAUGGCCUGCAUGCUGCAAUGACACUCCUUUUGAUCUAAAAAAGGUCUCGACAUUGAUGAGUGAUAUGGAGAAACAUUGGCCUUCUUUAAGCUGUGGUGGGGUUUCAACCUGCCAUGGUGGAAAAGGACUUUUUUGGGCUCAUGAGUGGGAGAAACAUGGGACAUGCUCAUCUGCAGUUAUCCGUGACGAAUAUGAUUACUUUUAUACAACACUAAAUCUCUUCUUCAAGUAUAACGUGACAAAAGUUCUGAAUGAGGCUGGAUACGUGGCUUCAAACUCGGAAAAAUAUCCUUUGGGUGGAAUCAUAACUGAAAUUCAAAAUGCCUUCCAUGCAACUCCAUUGAUUGUCUGCUCUUCGGGUGCUGUUGAAGAACUGAGGUUAUGCUUUUACAAAGAUUUCAAGCCUCGAGAUUGUGUAAAAUCUAAGGAUAUAAAUUCAAAGAACACAUGCCCGAAGUAUGUCAGUCUGCCAGCAUCAGUCUCUUUAGGGAUGGGAAACGAUGAGACUGCGCUUCCGUUGUCUCAGGAAGCGAAAACCUUCUGAGAGAUAACUGUCGUUUUCUCUCCUGGAUGAUGUUUCGUUUAUUUUCAUUUGUAAUAUUAGUCGGAAACAUGGGUGUUUGAUGAUGGGAAAAACAAAUUUCUCAGAUUAUAUUAAUAUUAUGAAAUCAAAUCACUUCCUCUGUAAA